AAAACAAGCCAGAAUAGGAGAGAAGAUCCCCAGCAUCCCGGGCCUAUUUCCCCACCCCAGUGCUGCAGAAUGGACGUGGGAGCCCUCACAUGCCCACUCCCUUGGGCCACCCAGCUUUUGCGGAGACCUCACUUUGUGCCGAGGUGGGCCAGGUCCUUCCUUACCUCCUCACCCCCUCACCGGGUAGCUCAGUGGGCAGGUUGGGCAACAGAAGCACUCAUGAUCCCUCCAGACCAAAGGAGGGCACCUGGCCGCAGGCAAGGAUUUCAUGGGGCUUGUGGGGCUGGGAUGCCUGUGAUCGCCUAUGCUCCUCACCCAUGGCUGUGGCCUGGCCUGAGGGCUCCAGGAGCAGUGGGUGGUGGGCAACCUGGCAACCCCCUAUCCCUAGACUGCCAUUCCCUGCCUGUGGCUGGAGGUCCCUCCUUCCUAGCAGCACUGUUGCCCUGGGUUCCCUAGCCCAUCCCGCACCCCUACCCCCACCCCCAGCAUGAUACCUUCCUCCAAACCCCACUCUCCAAUUUUGUUCAGUUGUGAAUGCUGCGUCCUGUCCUGGUGACAGGAGAACAAUGUUGGUGAAGUCGCAGCGGUGUCAGAGUGAUUCGUGCACCCCUGGGAGUUUGUGGGGGCGGAAGCCCUGGCGGCCUGCGGGCCCUGGUGAUAGCGCUGUAUCUGGGGCCGCAGCGCCUGUCCGCUCGGCCUCCUUCGGGUUAUUUCUGGCGGAUGGCUGCUCUGUGGUCGGUUUGGCGGGGGCUCUGGGGCCUGGCAGGGGCGGGGCGGCCUUAUCGCCUGGCUCGCCAGCCAAGGCUUCGCGCUCCAGAGCAAGCCGGGUCACCAUCCUCUCACCAUGGGCUCCGGGCCGCGAGGGGCGCUGAGCCUGCUGCUCCUGUUGCUAGCGCCGCCCAGCCGCCCGGCCGCGGGCUGCCCGGCGCCGUGUGACUGCGCGGGGACGCGCGUGGAUUGCGGGCGCCGCGGGCUGACGUGGGCCUCGCUGCCCGCCGCCUUCCCGCUGGACACGACCGAACUGGUGCUGACGGGCAACAAUCUGACGGCGCUGCCGCCGGGACUGCUGGACGCGCUGCCCGCGCUGCGCACCGCGCACCUGGGGGCCAAUCCCUGGCGCUGCGACUGCCACCUGGUGCCGCUGCGCGCCUGGCUGGCCGGUCAGCCGGAGCGCGCGCCCUACCGCGAGCUGCGCUGCUCCGCGCCCCCCGCCCUGAGCGGCCGCCUGCUGCCCUACCUGGCGGAGGACGAGCUGCGCGCAGCCUGUGCGCCGGGCGCGCUCUGCUGGGGGGCGCUGGCGGCGCAGCUGCUGCUGCUCGGCCUCGGGCUGCUGCACGCGCUGCUGCUGCUGCUGCUGCUGUGCCGCCUGCGCCGGAUGCGAGCCCGCGCCCGCGCCGCGCACCCGUUGUCGCUGACCUCCCCGCUGGUGGCGGAGCCGGCUGGAGUCAGCGAGUCCUGAGACGAGUCCCGAGACGCGCCGAGCGACGCGGGCGCGCCGAGCCGAAGGAACCCUCCCCCGUGGGGACCCUCGCGCUGACCGGGACCGGGUCCCGUCCUCCGCCUGGGCACAAUUUCCGAGACCACGCCAAACCCCUGCGGGCCC